UAACCAUUCCCCUCUAUUAACAAUGCUUGGACUGAGUGUUCAGGUCUUUUUAGGAGUAGUAAAAUCACAUGUACGAUGUACAGCUCAUUUGGUGCAAAGGAACGUAUUUUUUUUUAACACUGUCUUUAUACAUCCAGUUUGGAGCUUUGAAGCGGUAACCCUAAAGGGCGAGCCAACCGGUGGGAAUUGAUUUGCCAGUUGUCAUUAUUAGUACCGUGCAACAAGUAGCACUGAGAGAGUUUUCCGCUUGAGUUGAUUUAAUUAAAGUCAUAGUACUUAAAUAAGCUCUUCUUAAUUAAGUUCGUCUCUGGCAUUAGAAAUGCGGAUAGUUUGUACCAGAACGUCCAAAUAAAUUGAAAAUUAAGUAGAAUAUUGAGAAUUAUAAAUCAAUCUGAGUAUCUGUCGUUUUAGUUGCAUCAGCCGGCCUGGCUUCGAAAUUUAACUAUGCUGUUAAUUGUUUGCUCUUUAUAAGAAAUACCCGGAUGGGUUUUCAAAAAGCAAUAGCAUAUACGAGAAUUUUUUGAUCAUCGAUCGGAGAACGUCACUACCAUUGGUAGUAAGAUAUGUUUUCGUUUCUUCCGGGUCGUUUUGAGGAUUCUUUUUGGGAAAUCAUUUCUGCUGUAGUAGGAGAUGAUUCAAUCCAGGUCUUCGGCGAUCGUAUUGAUAGAGCGUUUCUAUGGCGUGUCACCGCGAACACUGGGUGGGCUGAGUCAACUGAAAUUAACGGCUUGUGUUUGUUCGAGGGACAUGUUGGAUAUCGCUCCACUGACAAAAAUUGAAAGCCUCGGGUCAAGUAUCUACCCCACAAGAACGCGAGGGGCAGUAAAUCUAACCAUGUAGACUCCACUGGAAUUCGAACUCGUUUUAGGUGGUUAUUGAUGCAUAAGUCCAUUGUAGCCUGUUAAAUACAAACCACUGUAAUAACUUUGCCCAUAAAUUAAUGUAGGAAUUUCCUCGACACGUUUUGAAGAGCAAAAACGCUUGAGAGAAACAUUCGUAAAUAAAAGUUGAGAACCGAUAUAUUUAAUGACAGCCGGGCAAUACUUUCGACCGAGAACGACACAGAUCUGUCGAUCUUACCAUUACGUCAUCCAGCAUAAAAAAAGAAACUAGAUCAAUCAGAAACCAAUUUUGAAGUCGAGUUAAUCGUAGAAAUGGCGAGGACGAGCUGAAGGCUCGAUUUCCGCCGCGCUCCCGCGUCCGGUUAUGAAGCUGUGAAAAGCGGUGACAUCACCAUGGAGUACAGCCGAACUUUGAAUGUUUCCUACAGUCAAUAGGGAGGAUAACCCACAUACACAUAAAACAAAUGUAGGCACUUGCCGCAAUUAUCAAGGAUCCCAAUUGCACUAAUUCCACUACAAAAUGCUUGAUUCUUUCCUCUUAGUGAAUGAUGGAUCGUUUUUGGCGUAAUUGUUGCAGGUUUGAAAAGUUAACCACCCGUGCAAUGUCAACACGCUUCGACACCAAUAAAAGACCACCUUGCCAAUACAAGAUUGAGUUACAUUCACCUACCUGCAAGACCACUCAGUCGCUGAGUCUUUAACUAAACCAAUACACUUGUUCUCAGCGAGGCGCCAGUGUCGCCUUCUGAAACAACAGCGCGAUCAAAUAUGCAUUGUUGUUCAAAGCUUUGUUAUAAUUUAAACUUCUGAAGACAAAGCACCGAGCAAAGCAAAACUCCAUCAUGUUGUAAAUGAACCCCGAUUAGAGUUUAGAAACGAACGAAGGAGGAACCUUGUCGACGUGAACUUACCUUGAGUUCAAGAAUGAAUGUUAACUUUUUUAUUUUCAUGUGGAAUAUUCUCAUCGGCGUUGAGCUUUCAACAGCUUCUCGUGGUUUAAAAGGAGCACGGAAAAGUCAAAACGCUGCAAGCAGGUUUUUCAUCGAGAGAAUUGGACUGAAAGAAAAUUAUUCUACGAAACUCCCAAACCAAAUGGGUUAUAAGCGACGUCCUGUGGUAAAAAGACACAAACUUCAUUGGAAAGGAAAAUCUCACUUACAAACUUCAUCUAGUCACCUAGGAGUGAAAAGACAUUUCGCUGCACAAAAUUUCGUUCCAAGACCGUUUGAUGGCUCCUCAGUAAAAGCUUGCAAAACCCAAGUAGACCUUGGAUUUCUGAUAGAUGGUUCCGGAAGCGUAGAGAUGUACGGAAAAGGAAAUUUUCAAAAGUGCAAGGAAUUUGUAACAUCUCUGACAAAAGCUUUUGUUAUUUCUCCAACGGAUACAAGAGUAGGAGUGAUUCUGUUUUCGUCUCAAAGUGAAUUGCAAUUUGACUUUACUCGGUAUAAAACGGAGCAAGAAAUUGAGAAAGCAAUUGAUAACAUUAAAUAUCCUGGCUACACGACGAAAACUGGCGCAGGACUGACAAUGGCGGCAGACAAACUGUUUAACAACGUUAGACCUGAUGUUCCUCGCGUGCUUAUCGUUUUGACUGACGGUGCUUCCAACGACGACGUAGUAACACCUUCUGACGCACUGAAAAGCACUGGGGUAAUUAUAUUCACGGUGGGACUGGGGAAAAACUUUAAAAUAGACCAGCUAGAAGUUAUGGCAAGUGAUCCAAAAGAAGAGCACGUAUUUACUGUUGAUUUUCCACAAAUGGAAACUAUAGUAAAGGCAAUGCAAGAAAGGUUGUGCAAAGCUGCUGUUAAGGCUGUCGCUGAAGGAACCAUAAGAGACAUGCAAAGGGACUUCAUGAACAGUCUUGCAAACCGACGAAGCGGCAGCAUGCAAGUGACUCAGACCACCACCACCUCCGGCGGAAGCAGCUCGUCAGGAGGAAUGUCCGCUGGCGGUAGUUCUGUUUCUGGUUCGAUUAAUGGAGGUUCUACAAGUUCAUCAGGUUCCACCGGAGCUGGCGCCGGUGGAGCAGUGGGUGCCUCAGGAGGAGGUAAGUAUGUCCCUUUAGUUUUCUAGACAAAUAAACGAGGCCUAUAUAAAUUCUAUAUGAUGAAGAUCUCUUGACAAAAAACCCGUAAAAUGGAAACUUUAUAAUGCAGUAGUAAAAUAGAAACUGCUUUGUGAAGUUAUACCUGUUUAGUCCAAAUGACAUCUUUCAAUUGUCUUUGAAACCACUGAUAUUUAUUUCUAGCUGGAUGCGACCUGGCGUUCAUGGUGGAUGCGUCAUCUAGUAUAGGUGGAGACGCAAACUUC